AUGAUCGGCGGCCUCUUCAUCUACAACCACAAGGGCGAGGUGCUGAUCUCGCGCGUCUACCGCGAUGAUAUUGGUCGAAACGCCGUGGACGCCUUCCGCGUCAACGUCAUCCACGCUCGCCAGCAGGUUCGCUCUCCGGUGACCAAUCUCGCCCGAACCUCCUUCUUCCACGUCAAACGAGGCAACCUCUGGCUGGCCGCCGUCACCAAGCAAAAUGUCACCGCAGCGAUGGUCUUCGAGUUCCUCCUGAAGAUGUGCGACGUCAUGCAGAGCUACUUCGGCAAGAUCAGCGAGGAGAACGUGAAGAACAACUUUGUGCUGAUCUACGAACUGCUCGAUGAGAUCCUCGACUUUGGCUACCCGCAGAACACCGACACCGGCAUUUUGAAGACCUUCAUCACCCAGCAGGGGGUGAAGUCGGCCACCAAGGAGGAGCAGGCGCAGAUUACCUCGCAGGUGACGGGGCAGAUUGGCUGGCGAAGGGAAGGAAUUAAAUAUCGUCGAAAUGAGCUCUUCCUGGACGUCCUCGAGUACGUCAAUCUGCUGAUGUCGACGCAAGGCCAAGUCCUCUCCGCCCACGUAGCGGGAAAGGUGAUCAUGAAGUCCUAUCUUUCGGGGAUGCCCGAAUGCAAGUUCGGCAUCAACGACAAGAUUACCAUGGAGAGCAAGAGCAAGUCGACGACGCAGUCGGCCAUUUUGGAUGACUCUGCAGCCCGGCCUGGAACUGUUGGGGGAAAUGCCGCCUCCUCCUCUUCGAAAUCCUCCAUCGCCAUCGAUGAUUGCCAAUUUCACCA